AAUUCAAGUCCGAUAUCUUUUUCCCAGUGGCACUUUAUCAUAAUUUUUAUUUUCGCUUUUCUUCUCAUCCUCAUUACAUAUAUCAAUCAACCCUAAAGAAAACUUAUCUCCUGAAUCUAUUAAGUAGAUCUCUAAUCUCUUUCCAACUAUCUAUAUAGCCUUACUUCUAUGAAUAUUUGUGUCCCUCACAAUCUCACAAGUGAAACGUAAAGAUAGAUAUCUGAUCGGAGAAAAGAUAUGACGGGAGGAAUAGGGUUGGGAGACACGACGUACACAAAGGUGUUUGUGGGAGGAUUAGCUUGGGAGACGCACAAGGAUACGUUGAAGAAGCACUUCGAGCAGUUUGGGGAGAUUUUGGAAGCUGUAGUCAUCACCGACAAGGCUUCAGGCAGAUCUAAGGGCUACGGAUUCGUGACGUUCAAGGAGGCAGAUGCGGCGAGCAAGGCUUGUGUGGACGCUACUCCUGUGAUCAACGGAAGAAGAGCAAAUUGCAACCUUGCCUCUCUUGGUCUUCAAAGAUCCAAACCCUCCACUCCUAACCAUGGGGGAGGUAGAAUUAACAAUAUGAGAGUGAUGAUGAACACAAUGCAAACUGGUUUUGGACCACCUCAUCCACCACCCACUUUCCCUCACUAUCCCCAGCUCCCUCUCAAUCUCUUUGGGUACUCUCCAUACUCGUCAGAUUACUCUCCAUUCCCUACGAGCUUAUACGGCGUGUACGACUGCUAUUCAAGGGGACAAUAUGGACUAUAUAGCAAUGGAAACGGUGGAAGCGGUGGACUAACCGCAGCAGCCGCAUCAGCUGCUCCAUUUUAUCCUUGUGGUAGCGGUGGGGUUCAGUUCACUCAACCGCAACCGUUUUAUCACCACUUCUCUUCUUAUAACAACCCGCACCAAUACUCUCCUGCCACCAUUUCUGUUCAACAAGUGUGUUUUGCUGUGCCACAGGUGUAACCGGAUUUCCACUUCAGCCACCUCUCAUUCCUUACCGUUGAAAGAAGCUUAGAGUCUUUGGUAGCCAUCAAGCUUCACAUCGUCAUCAUAAUCUUCAUCUUCUUCUUCUCAAGUCAAGAGUCAUCUAUGUUUUAAUAGGUGCUCUCUGGCUAUCACAACUUUUUCUCUCUCCCUCUGCCCUAAAAGCCACCCAUUUUAUGGAAUUUGAGGUGGCUAUUAUGAGCAGAUCCCCAAUGGGAUCUCCAGUUUCAGAUGGUGAUCAUGUCGUAUUGACAUCUCUCACUUUCUUGCAUUGCAUCUUCUUGAGAGAAAAGGGUCCUCUCUCGAUACAGUGAUAAUGCUAAUGGAGCAGAAUCGUCAAUCGCUCAUCAUGUGCCAAACUCAAAGCUGAUGCAUGUAUCGGCUUGUUUGCCAUGUUGUUUAGCCUAGGGAUGGCUAAUCAACAAGGCAAAGAAAAAUGUCUGUUAGGAUUAAUGUAUAAAAAUCAAGCACUACAACCAUGUGCUGUUUGAAAAACUGAAUCAAUGAUCCCAUGUUUAAGGAAAACAUCAGCUACCCUUUUUGUUAUAUGAUGAACAUGUUAGUCUUUUUAGUA